AUGAGACAUUUCGUUAUUCUUUUAUUUUUCCUUCUCAAAUCUGUUAGCUCACAAUCUUUGGCACCAACUCAAGUAUGCGUACUACGUUGUACAGCUACAUGUCUUCACAACUCUAAUGAUACUCCAGAAGCUUGUCAGUCCACUUGCACAAAGUAUAAUUCGCCAACUCUCUGUUCGACACAGUCAUGCUGGGACAGUUGCAACGAUCUUGGUGCUGGAGUAGCUGUUAACGCUACACCGUCGGUGAUUCAAGUUAAUGGGAAGAAGUUAACAUGGCAGAAAGUAGCUGACUCACCCCUCUCUGUCAUCUCUUUCAAAACAGUUUCAGCCAACAACUUCGACCCCAACGAUAUACUGUUGACAUCUAAUAAUUCCAUAAACUUUUUCGAUUUUCCUGGUAUCUCUCCAUGUGAUUCAAUCGAUAUCAGCAUUGCUUCCGUAUUUCCGAAUGGAGUUUCUCCUUUUUCGCCAAUCAAACAGAUGGAAUCGCCUAAACCAGCAGUCUCGCCUAAACUCUCUCUGGAACAAAUGGUUUAUGAGAACAAAGAAUAUGUCAAUGAUUUCUAUAAAGCAAACGGAACUAUACGAGUUGUCUUCCGGUACUAUCCUGAAGAAUGGCCAUUGGGAAUCGACGAUCUCGUUGUUGAACCAAUGUUCCAUUUGAUUAACUGUGUCGAGCCAGACUUGAGUCAAGGAAUGCCGAUGCCCGAAUUUACUUCCGGCCCAAACAAUACACUCGUUGGAUUUGUUGGAUCGGAUAUGAUGUAUAGGAAAUGCCGCUUCCUCUACUAUGCUCAAGGUGUUACGAGCGCGAAAUGCGAUUCAACCACAUACAUUCAUUCUCCAUCUCCUGAAGCCAUGCAGACCUUGAACAUAAAUUGUGACACAGUUGACAAAGCUCCUUGUACUCGUGUGGAGAGAUAUCAAGCACCAAUCUGUGGACAAGUAGAUGAUAUUGAGUAUCAUGCAAUGGAUGAAAAUUUAUCACCCAAAGCUUCGAACCUGACAUUGAAUGUCACAUUCACUCCGAAUUCGCGAGCAAACGAAGAGCCAACAAUCUAUGUAGUGGCAUUCUACGGUAACGCUACAACAUAUAAGACGAAAGAAGAAGAAACCUUCUUGGGUGUCAAUAUAACACAUUUGAUGGGAAACACAAGUAACUGUCAACAGUUCACCAAAGAAGGCUAUUGUGCGCAUGAUGUAACUAAUACUGUAUUCAUCAAUCAGAUUGAUAUGGACAAGUUAUAUGGAGUGACGUUCUGUGCCGUCAAAGAUCCGCGCAACUUAACUUUUCCUGAUUUUCUUGUUGAUGUGAAGGCAUUAAGACCAAAAGCUAACAGUAUCUUCGUAAACUCGAAAGAUUAUCAGAAGAACUACACUCCCGUUAUAAUUGGUUCGAUCAUUGGUGGAAUGGCUUUAUUGAUAAUCAUAUCAUUGAUUGGAUUUUACUGUCUCUUUGUCAAAUAUCGUCAUAAGAAUAGAAAACUUGGAUUGGAGAAUUCUCAGUUGAAGCUUGAACGUGGAAACGAAUACACUGACUUCCCUCAAGCGGAAGAACAUGAUGAUUGGGAGAUUGACAGAGCUCUCUUGAUAACAGAUGAAGACAGAAAACUAGGUUCUGGAGCUUUCGGUUCCGUUUUCGCUGGACGAUUGCUUGGAACACCACCCGGAUACACUCAUGCUUUGUCUUCUGCAUUAGUACGUAACAUGAUGGUAACGGAGAACCAGGAGGUAGCCGUUAAGCGCCUUCCAGAAUAUUCUGAUGACAAGUCUCGUGAAGAUUUCAUAAGGGAAAUAGAAUUGAUGAAAAGACUCGGAUAUCAUGAACGCUUAGCCAACUUAGUUGGUUGUAUUGCCAAAUCUGAGCCAUUAUGCUUAGUUAUGGAAUACUGUAGUGAUGGAGAUCUGUUGCAUUUCCUAUCAGAUCGAUGCAAGUACAUGAUGGAUCUGGAUGAAAGAGGAGUCAAUUAUCAAGAUGGACCAAUUGAUGGCAACUACGAUCUCUCAAUGAUUAUCACAAUGAAACAACUUCUGAUGUUUUCAGUUCAAAUUAGUUAUGGAUUGGAAUAUUUGAGUCAAAAAGGUUUUGUUCAUCGUGAUGUCGCUGCGAGAAACAUAUUGGUGCACGACAGGAAAUUCUGUAAAAUCGGAGAUUUCGGAUUGUGUCGUUUCAUGAGAUCUGAGAAUCCUCAUUACAAGUGCAAGGGAGGGCGCCUGCCAUUGAAAUGGAUGUCACCCGAAUCUAUCCGGCACUAUGAUUUCUCUACAAAGAGUGAUGUAUGGGCUUUCGGUAUAUUGCUGUUCGAAAUAAUCACAUUAGGAGGAGCUCCAUAUCCAGGCAUUAAGAUGGAUGAGCUUCUUGGAUUUUUGGAAAAUGGUGGACGUAUACCCCAACCAGACAACUGCCCCAAUGAAUUUUAUGACGUCAUGAGAGAAUGCUGGUUGGCAGAUGCAACGAGAAGACCAGAUUUUGGUGUAUUGAGGCAACGAUUAGCUAAGCAAUUAGAAGAUGUAACAGAGGAAUACAGUUACUUACGAUUAGAUGCUCAAAAAGAUUAUUACAACGUUCAUGGCAAUGAGAUUCCGGACAUCAUUCUUAUUCCUGAAGAAAUUCCGGAGAAGCGUGCUCUAUCCACGACUUCAACUACAGAAACAGAAGCCAUGGAUGACAUAGAAAAUGAGAAAGAAAACAGUCGUCGAGAAAUUACAUUAUCUAUUAAUGAUUUAUUGCCGGAGGGGACAGAAAAAAUUGAAUUACGGUAA